AUGAAGUCGUUUGCGAAUAAGAGUAAAAGCCGACGCCCAAAGUUUCUUUUCAAUUUAAAGAUUAACGAACUCACAAACAUUCCUCAAAGUUCAGGUUAUUGCUUUGUCAAAUGGCAUCUUAAGGAUGGUACGGGAACAACGAGUCAUACUAUUAUUCCCGAAAUCGGGUCACCACAGAGCAAUGUCAAGUCAAGUAGCCAAAGCCGCGGGGCAACUCCGCGAGUGUUAGUUAAGAGCCAUCGAGCACAUUGGAACUACAGUUUACAGAAGCCUGUGCAAGUGAAGCUGGUCACGGACAAGAACAAGAAUUUAAACAGUAAAGAGAUGGUAUUGGAGGUAUAUUUUGAGUUUCUUGAGCCUACUAAUGCUUCACACGGUAAGUUUCAACAUUCGCGCCAGCUCUCGGAUGCUUCGUCCACUAACUCAUCUGCUUCCUCGUCUAACAGCAAUGUUUACACACAAAAAGUUUCGCGUAAGAUGCUGCUUGGUGUUGUUGAGGUCAAUAUUGCAGAGUAUGUGAACAGGGAGCAACAUAUGGUAACGAGCCGGUUUCUUUUGCAAAAGUCCAAAGUUAACUCCAUUUUGAGCCUAGGGAUACAGCUAGAGCUCACGCGUGGCAGCUUCGACGACUUUCAGCUGCCCAGUGCGGUGUCUUCUGGCCAGUUGCCGAAUACCUUUCGUAACGGAAUUACCGAAGUGUUUGAUGAGUCGUCCGAUAUCAGCUCCCCAGUAUCGUCGACGUUUCUUGGUAACAGUGGCGCCUCAGGCAGUAAUUACAACGGAAGUUCAAGCCCCGCCAAAAAGACUGCUGACUUAUCGGGAUCUUUUUCUAUCGCCAUCAGUAAUCCUUUUGUGGAGAAACUCUAUCAGAAGACAUUCCAGGUACCGUGGGACCCAAGGCCUGGAGAAUUUACACCCAAGGAGUGUGUAGAAGACAUAUUGGACGGUGGUGACGGGUGGGCUAAAAACGAGAAAGGGAUAAAUCUUAUCGAUAUCGAUGCACUGCACUUAGCAGAGCUUGAACGAGAUUACGACGCCCAGUUAAAGGGCGUUCCCAUGAACAUGAAUUAUGGCGAGUUUGAUAAACGUGCGUUCUUGGAGCGGCGCGUGGGGUAUGAAACUCACACAAGCACUCAGGACAGAGGCAUAGGAGGGCGCAAGAAGUUGGACAAAAGCUCCGACAAUCUCUGCGAAGACAAUUUGGAUGACUAUGAUACGGCGAAGCCUAACGACUUCAAAAGCUGGACUAUUGGGAAAGUCUUACCUUAA